UUUGUCAAAACUACAUCUCAUCCAUUUAAAAAAAGGUAAAUAAAAACAACCAAUUGGUAUGGGAAAACCCAUAAUAGAGACUCUUUUUAGAAAAAUCCUCAGCUUUGCCUUUCUUUCUUUUCUUUCUUGAUUCAGACCUCCUCACCCAGGAGGAAUGGAGAUCAAAGAAAAGAACAUAUUUUCAAAUUCCAUCUCUCCAUUGAUGUCAUCUUUUCCGAUGACUCUCCUCCUGGUUCUUCUUCUCUGUUUCGUUGUUUACGGCCCGACCGCGGUGUUCGCGGUCGGCCCCGCCGCUUCCUUCAUUCCCAAAGACAACUUCCUCAUUGAUUGUGGUGCCAACAAGGAACUGGGCGCCCUCCCUGAUGGGAGAGUGUUCAAAUCGGAUGAGCAAUCCAAGCAGUACUUAGAAGCCAAGGAUGACAUUAUAGCGGCCGCCCCACCGGAGACAAAGGCGCCAUCCCCGGUCGACUUGACGGCCAGGAUCUUCCUCCAAGAAGCUAGUUACAGCUUUCAGAUGACAGAGCCCGGAUGGCAUUGGGUGCGCCUCCAUUUCCUCCCUGUUAAAACCGAUGCCUUUGAUCUCUUGCAGGCCAAGUUUUCAGUAACCACAGAGAAGUAUGUGUUGCUUCACAGUUUCAACAUCAACAAUGCAUCCACAUAUGUUCUCAAGGAGUUUUUGCUCAACAUCACUGAUCCUAAAUUGUCAAUCAAGUUCUUUCCAAUGAAGAAUUCGGCUGCUUUUGUCAACGCCAUCGAGGUGGUCUCGGCCCCAGAAGACUUGAUUUCUGACUCGAACAUUGAGCUAUCUCCAGUCGGGAAGAUCGAGGGCCUGGCCAAGUAUGCAUUUCAGACAUUGUACAGGGUAAACAUGGGAGGACCUGUAAUCACUCCAAGAAAUGACACUCUUGGGAGGACGUGGGAGACAGAUGAAACUUACAGAAUACCAAAAGCUGCUGGUAAGAGAGUGGUUGUUGAGAGCAGCAGCAUCAAAUACCAAGAUGGUUUGGAAGAAAAAGGCAUGUUAAUUGCUCCUCCAAGUGUGUAUGCAAGUGCAGUUGAAAUGGGAGAGGCUAAUGUCAAUGUACCAAUUUUCAAUAUCACAUGGAAACUUGAGGCAGAUCCCUCAUUUGGGUAUCUAAUUCGCUUGCAUUUCUGUGACAUUGUCAGCAAAGCUCUCAACAGUCUCUACUUCAAUGUUUAUGUAAACGGGAAGCCAGCAAUAAUGAACUUGGAUUUGUCGCACAAGCUCGGAAGUUUGGCGACUGCAUAUUACAAGGAUGUUGUGGUUAAUGCUUCACAGAUUACAGAGGGACUGAAAGUUCAAGUUAGUCCGGCUAAUGUCGAUACGGGCAAUGCGAAUGCCAUUCUAAAUGGCUUGGAGGUAUUGAAGAUAAGCAAUUCUGUUAAUAGUCUGGAUGGAGAGUUUGGAGUGGAUGGUAGGUCUGCAAAUGGGUCGAAUCGUGGCACGGUCGCUGCAGUUGGGUUUGCGAUGAUGUUCGGGGCAUUUGUCGGGCUGGGUGCCAUGGUGAUGAAAUGGCACAAAAGGCCUCAAGAUUGGCAGAAGAGGAAUAGUUUCUCUUCUUGGUUGCUUCCUGUACAUGCUGGUGACACAAGCUUUAUGAGCAAGACCUCAUAUGGAUCACACAAAACCAACAUUUACUCCUCUACUCUAGGCCUUGGCAGGUUCUUUACUUUGGCAGAGCUUCAAGAGGCCACCAAGAACUUUGAUUCCAAUUCAAUAAUUGGUGUUGGUGGGUUUGGAAAUGUGUACCUUGGAGUGAUUGAUGAAGGGACCAAAGUGGCAGUCAAGAGAGGGAACCCACAAUCAGAACAAGGCAUUACAGAAUUCCAAACAGAAAUUCAGAUGCUUUCCAAGCUCAGACACAGGCACUUGGUUUCUUUAAUUGGGUACUGUGAUGAAAACUCUGAGAUGAUCUUGGUGUAUGAGUUCAUGUCAAAUGGGCCAUUCAGAGAUCACUUGUAUGGCAAGGACUUAUCUCCAAUAUCAUGGAAACAAAGGCUAGAGAUCUGUAUCGGAGCGGCUCGAGGUCUUCAUUACCUUCACACAGGAACAGCACAGGGAAUCAUUCACCGUGAUGUCAAAACAACCAACAUUUUGCUGGACGAAAACUUCACCGCAAAAGUGGCCGAUUUCGGGCUGUCGAAGGAUGCUCCAAUGGGGCAAGGGCAUGUGAGUACAGCAGUGAAGGGAAGCUUUGGGUAUUUGGAUCCAGAGUACUUUAGGAGACAACAGUUGACAGAAAAAUCAGAUGUUUAUUCCUUUGGAGUUGUUCUUCUUGAGGCUCUAUGUGCUAGGCCAGCAAUCAACCCAUCUUUGAC